AUGGAAGGCAGUGACGCUUGUAAUUCCGAAUUGUUGCGUGUUUGGGAGAAACGGAAAAACUGCAGAGAUAAAAUAGUUGAUUUGCACAAAAAGUAUUUCGCAGAUACUCUUAAUACACUUACCCAAUUGGAGACUCCGACACCCAAGGAGUCUGAAAUUAUGAUAGAGAAGUCUGAAAUUCGAAUACCUGUGAAUAUUCCCGCACUUUCAGACAUUUUCAAUGAUAUGGAUAAGAUGGAAAAGUACCUUGUAGAUCAGAUCAGAGCUUUGAGUGCGAUUAAAUCCUCUGAAAUUAUCACUAACGAUGACCUUCUUGGUUUCGUACCAAUUGACCGAUGA